UAGAAACUCAAAGAAGAAAAGCGGAAAAAUAAUAUUAAAGACCGGGAGGCCUUCUGUCCUUAUUACACAAACCUAAAAUCUGAAUCUGACAUUCAAGAAUAAAACUGACGAUUGACAGAAGCGGGUCGAUCAAAAUGCCGAUUUCCAGGCGUGACAAGAAAGUCGACCUUACUCAGGUUCUAAAACAUGCUCCUAAGAAAAAAGAACACAUUGCAAAGGUUCGUCAAUAUGUGGACGAAUAUAGAAGAGUAUAUUUAGUGACCCUGCAAAAUCCUCGCACCCAAAAAGUUUCCGAAAUACGAAAAAGCAUGGCGAAAAACAAGCUUUUAUUUGGUGUCAACAAGGUGACAACUUUAGCGUUGGGUAAAACUCAUGAAGACAGUUAUCGACCAAAAUUGCACCUUUUAUCCAAAUAUCUAAAAGGACAGUGUGCCCUUCUAUUUUCACGAUCAUCGCCUGCAGAAUUACGCGAACAGCUUGAUGCGUUCCGGUCGUCAGAAUACAGUAGACCAGGUGUAAUCGCUGAGCAGACUGUCUGGAUUGCAUCUGGUCCGUUGCCCAAAUUCUCUCAUUCUAUGGAGCCUGUUUUACGUCAGUUAGGAAUGCCUGUUAAACUAGUCAAGGGUGUUGUUCAUUUGGAGAGAGAGUAUCUUGUGUGCAACAGAGGAAAUGUUCUUUCACCUGAACAGUGUCGUAUUCUAGUAAGUAACGGUUGUGUUUAUGCAGCUUCACAAUAUUCAUCCGGAACUUUUACAAACAACAAAAUAAAUUAGUCAGAUAUCUCACACUAAUAUUUUUCGACUACUUUCGGUUAUCUUGUCAGACUUACAAGUACAUUCGCUUAUAGGUUUUAAUCCAUAAACUCUCUACAAUGAUUUAUACUAAUCAUUUUGGUUGUAAUACCCAGUAAGUACAUUUAGCGUAGUACUAAGUUAAUUCGAUUUUUCACCAUUUUUCUUCUCAAAUUAAUUAAUUCUUUUAACAUAUUCCAUGUAUGUAAAUUACAAUAAAAUGUACUUUCUUCAACAGGUUCUUUGUCGUUCACAUUUUUCAGAUUUUGUAUUAAGUAUGGUUACCUAAUACUAGUUUUUAAAAGAUUUCACAUGCUUUACAUCGCUACCAUUUAAUUUGAGGUUAAAAUAGGAGUUUCAGUUGUGCAGGAUUUCGUGCAGUAAAAUAAUCAACAGACAUGAAAUGCUCUCACAUGGACUCAGGUAUACAGCCACUGUCGGGGAAAUCCUACUCACUGCCUUCUCGUGGAGAGGGUGUUGUUUACGAAAUUAGGAGGACGAAAAGCGAGUGUCUGGCACUCUAACCGGGCUGGUGGACAUGGCGAGUCCACCUAAGGGAGUUGGAAAACCCUGAUUCAAACCAAUGGUGCACAUGGGCUCCAGGAUCCUGAGGAAACAAAUGGCGUAUGAACCUAUUGUUGGUCACCAGCUACCAUGGGACUGCAUCUCCUCACGAUGCUCCACUGCCUUGUAGAUCAGACCUUUAGGUCAAAGGCUCUGGGUGUUGCCCCUUAAAAAAACAUCCUGCUUCAGUUUGGGCACCCGGGCAAUAUUACAGCCCUCACACAAAUCAAAUUAGAUUUGUGAGGCGCAUAUUUAUCUGGUGCCCAUUUGUACCAAUAUUUAUGUGUUUAAAUAAAUAAAAAAUGAAACAAAUCGAGGAGUGGCCUUCUAGAAAAAUCGCCUUCUUCGUUUUUGACUCUCGAGCAGUGUGGCGGCCCUCACACAAACCAAAUGAUUAUUACUGGAAAAAAUUAUUCUUGCUUCAACUCGCAUUCAGGCAAAUCCCACUCACAAUCAUCUGAUAACAUUCGUUUUUUUUAUACGACGUCACUUAUGUAUUCCCCUUUAUUCACAUUUUGCUUAUAUUUUUCAAUUUAUACAGCAGCUCGCCUAUGAUGAAAACCUUGUUCUACCCAAACGAUAUCAAGUCAUUGACUGGUCGGAUGUUGAAUGCUAGCACCGACUACAAGCACUGAACAAGUGUUUCAAAAUCCAAGUAUAUCAUUUAAACUGGUCUUCUUGAACGUUCGCUUAUUAAUAUGGAUCGAACAACAUGUAGGGUUGGCUGUGUCUUUAGAAAGUUUCAACGUCGAUGUUUGUUGUCUAUCCGAGAUUCGUACUCAAGACUCUAGUGAAGUACUACAAAUUCGCUCUCCAUAUGUCGCUUCGAAAAGCUAGUUUCACGUGCGUUUAUCGGAGGACCUUGUGAUAUCUUCGUCUUGUUUGCACUUACCGAUUGGAUCCCUAUUAACAGUCGGUUAUAUGUUACUAAGUUAGAAAUCCCUAUCAAAGUACGAAGAAAUCGAUUUGAAAAACGAUGUCUUUUUGUUAUUGCUACCCGGAUGCGUUGUACUACAGUAGUGUGGGUCACUUAUAUCCACACAAGUAGUAUAUAACGAUGGUUGGGGAUUGAAUGUAUUUCGGUAGAAAAUCGAUAAGGAGAGAACAGAAACGGGACGCAUGAACAAUGAUAACCGGAGACUAUGGACUGAUAUUUGCAGAAGAAACAGUCAAGAUUAAAACAACUGAUUGAUAGUUUGCAAAUUAACUGUUUACUGUAUGGCUGUCACAUUUUAGUGAGAUAGCCUAUAAUUUUCGUGUCAAAUACAUUCGAUUGUCCCCACUCGUGUUCUGUUCACUACACUACCAGUUAACCGUCCUACAGCUUGUGUCCGACAGGUGUUGUGGUACUAGCCGGAUACUUGAAUGCUCAUGUCUCGCGUCUAGGCAUAGAGGAGAGUCGUUUGGGUGGCCAUUGGGAACUUGUUGGUCGCAGGUCAGAUAAAAGUGACCAUCUACUGCGAUUUCGUUACAGUUUAAUUCUGGCUAACACUACCUACUAUCACAGUCAUCGCCAAAGUAAUACUUUACGUCCUGCCCCUGCAUCUCAAACCUACUUGAACUCAGAGUGAUUACGUAACAAUCAGCUACUGCUGGCACGGUUGUGUACAAGACUGGCGUUCUUCUUGGAGCACCUAUCUAGAAUCGGAUCAUGUCCGUGUGAGCUUAUCUUACUUUUCAGUAGACAACAAAUUCAUCGUCCUAAAUGGGUCGAUGUCAGCAAAUUAGUUGCAGCUUCUAAUGCAACUAAAUAUCAAACCGAGCUAGGUUUAAAGCUGCUUGUCAGCCCAUCAAAAAAUACAGGCGAGCAUCAGCAGCAAUCACAUCACACCAUGAAAGUGGCGAGUAAAGUUGCUUGCGGCUUUUUGAAACGUAUCACUUUUAAGCACUGGGUUUCUUCAGGCUUCUUACAACUCAUUGAAGCCCAUCGGUCUACUCCGGGUGACCGUGAGUUUGACCACAAACAAAGACUUACGUAAUGAAAUUGGGCAAAACCUGGGUAAGGACCGAGAAGCCUGGUGGUUGGAGCGUGUUAAUAAGUUAGAAGCAGCAACUGCAUCUGGUAACUGCCGGAAGCUUUUUCAAUUCAUCCGAGUUAGUGACGACUGAUCCACCUUAAACGGCAGAAGUCCGCAAGGAGCUCUGACAUCUGAAGAGCCACAAAUCACCAGGCCCAGAUGACUUCCAGUGCUUUUUCGGGAUAUGUUGGCGACUUUUUAACUGAGGAAUUGACUAAGUUGUUCCAUUCAAGCAGUGGAGUUUGACAGGGUUUCCCAAUCUCACCAUUCCUCUCCAACUUUGUUAUCGUUGACGUUCUGCAAACAGCUCUAAUGGAUAUAGGCAAUGGUGGUGUGGAUCUUUUGCCUGGAGAAAGACUUUUCAACCUUGAGUAUAAGGAUGAUAUUGUCUUACUUUGUGAUGUUACUCAGACCAUGUAAUGUCCACUUAUUCAGUCUGCAAUCAAUGUCCGCAGAAAUGGCGUGCACUGUAUUUUUUAAGGGCAAAGUAAUUUUGCAAGACUAACAGGAGCCUGUUCCUGAAAUUACUCUUGGUAGUGAGCAGUUAGAAAUAGUUGAAAAGUUCAUGCAUACGGGUAGCUGUGUAAGUGCUGGUGACGGCGUAACGGACGAGAUCCUUUUACGUAUGGUGAAAGCCAGAACGACUUAUGCUAACCUGGGCUACUUUUGUGGCGUUAGUCUGGCUGUAAAAGGUCGAAUCUACGGCGUGUUGGUGAAAGUAGUUUUACUCUAUGCAUGUGAAACCUAACCCCUCCAAGUUGGGGACGUUAAACGACUCUCUGUGUUUGAUCAUCAUUGUCUCCAAAGGAUUGCUGACAUCCAGUGGCAACACCAUGUUAAUAAUGCAGAGGUUCGGCAUCGUGUGUGCGGUCACAUACGAUAAUCCAAUUUGAGUCACCAUCUUGAAACAUCGACUUCUGUGGCUUGGAUAUGUCCUAUGAAUGUCGUCCCAGUGAGUUCCACGUCGUACGUUAUUUGCCGACGCCGAGACCGGUUGGAAAACGUGGAGAGGUGGUCAGUGUAUAACAUGAUGUACUGGUAUGAAAGAAAGCUAUACAGGAUUGUCUUCUGUUGGACCUUCAUGACUCUCUGGUUGGGGUCCUAGAGAUGAUGCAGCACGGUUGCUAGAGAUGUAAUCAGACACGGUUCAGAAUAAAAGUUAGUGACUAUCCUACUGUAAUUUCGGUUUGCUAUCUGCAUAAAAGUGAACGUAACUUUUUUAACCGGAAGAAUUUCUGGUUGUAUUUCUCCUAACUGGACUGCUUCUCCUAUUAUUAUUAUUGCUAUCAUUAUUAUUGUUGUUGUUAUUAUCAUGCACUAGUUUCUUUUCAUUGUUGUUCUUUUUAUUAUUCGCACUUUACCCUCUCUGUCUCUUCACAACUUCAUUGUUAUUGUGUGGCGCAUAUAUAUUUGGUUCCACCAUCGUACCAACGUUUACCUUUUUAAAUAAAUAAGUACAUGUUCACAUACCUAUCGAUUAUACACCUAAAAUGUAAGUGCUAAGUUAGACUACUAACUAUUCAGUCACCAUCAGUUCGAAAUCAAAGAAAUAACUUAUUUGCAAUUUGAAAUGAAUUUACAGUAAGUAAACAAACGAUUUCUGGGAAACAGUUGUUAAGGGAAACACGGAGGAAAGCAUGACAACUCUAUAGAUUUGGCUGUUGAACUACUAGGAAGCUACUCUGUAUGUUAUUCCUUGUGUUGAUUUGUUUUAUUGGUGUCAUUUAUAAGUUGAUUUACUUGGUUUCCGCUAAAAUAUGAAAACGUUUGUAACAUUAGUUUUUGUUGGUUUAUAGUCAUUUCAAUUAAUUUAUUGAUAAUAGGAUCAAAUUGAAAAAGAUUUUGGUAGUACAUUGCGCAAUUAAUGGGAUUUUAGGUAUUUCCUUAAAACUAGUCUUCCUAAGUAAAUGGUUGGUAACAAAUCUUUCUAGAGUAUCACUGAGAUUUGCGAAUACUGUGCCCAAAUCGGAGGUGGCAAAAUGGUGGAUACUCAGCUACUUGAGUCUCAUCUAAUCGAAUCAGAUUUAGUUAUAAAAGGUAACGACAUCCGGUUCUCACUUUCGAUUCUAAAAUGAUCUUACUUUUUCGUUUUUCUAUGCCGGAGACAUUUUCUCUUAGAGAUACGAUUUUCAAAAGACUGCAUGUAUGCAUACCUUGACACCUUUCUCGACAUCAGCCUGAUGGUGUUGUAGUAGUGUAGUGAACGAGAACACAAGUGAGGACAACCGAAUGUAUUUUAAUACAACAUUACAGAAUAUCUUGGUAAAAUCUGAGAGCCAUACUGUGAAUACCUCAUUUGCAAAAUGUCCAUCAGUUGUCUCAGACUUUGUUGUUCUUUUGUUUCCAUACCAAUCACUUUCUGUUCUCGUUCUCUUCGAUUUUCUCAACCUUCUGCCGCCAAGCAUUCCACUUUCGAUUAGUGAUACGUACUACUUAUAUCUGUCAUCAUCAGUAGCACAACACACUAGGACUUAACUUUUCCUCAUGUUGAUCCGAAAACUACUCAAUUACCUGUCGAAACAAACUUGGUAUCUAUUAUGAAGAAUAAUUGAAUCCAUAAGUACAUUUAUCUAUUCGAAUGUAGUUUAGUGAAUCUUGAAAUGAAUAGACAUCUUUGAGAAAGUAAGGUGAUGACCAUAUGAUAACGACAGUAAAUAUAUUAGUAGUUGCAACUUAGGUAGGUUUAAUUAUCAAUACGAUGUAUUAUUGUCUUGAUAACUAAAAAGAAAACUAUUUCAGCACCUCCACUGACUUCGAUUUCGAAUUGUUGCAUAAUUCUUUUAACUUUUGGGAAAGAAUCUUAGUCUGAAAUAACCACUUUUAAUUUCAUGGUAUUGUUUCAUAAAAUGUCGACUUUUCUCAGCAUCUGUAAUAGCUAAACGCAGUUUUAGUUUUUAUCAAACUUGUCCAACUGUUUUUAUCGAUACUUAUGGGGAUUAUAUGUGUAUAUCCAUCUAAACUGUACAAAUUAUGACUUGUUGUUUCGUCUUCUGAGAAAAUUGUCAUUUUUAAAAUUACUAUUGUUGAGAGAUACAGUGUACAAAGUAUACUCUAUCUUACUGUUAAGAUAGUAGUUUGUAAAUUUUUGUAUUUGUUUAUAAGUUAUAAUUUUCGAAGUAUUUUGUAUUUCAGAAGUUAUUUCAAAUUGAAAUCUCUGAAUUUCGCGUUGGUCUGCUUGCAGUUUGGACAGACGGUGAGGGAGUCGAAGAAUUAGCAGAAAAAGAUAGUUGUAUGAUGCGCACUUCGCUCCAUCCUGAAGUUCUUGUUGUUUGUAAACAGUUAGAUGAUGGUUUAUAUUACUUUAUUCCGCAACCGUAUGUAAAGAAAGGCGAAUCAUUUGUUAACGAAGCUAUGGAAGAGGACUAAUACUUUUUUCUAAAUAUAUAAUUGUAGAUACCAUUGGUAAUAUUUUUUUAAGUCACUCUAGCUGAGGUUUAUGAUAAAGUUUAACGUUAUUCAGUGUUACCAAUCUUUAAAUACUCUGACUUCAACUAAACCAUUUAAUAAAGUAACACUCGCACAAAUGUAAGUGAAUGUGAUGUGAGUUAAACUAAGACAAUCUCUAAGCCUGUUCAAACUGUAUUAUGUAUAUGUAUAUCGCUAAAGCAUUGUUAUCUAUCACAGGAAGAAGCAAGAUCCUCAAAUACAA